UAGUCUGCUUCACAGGGACACAGGGAGAGCAGUCUCCUAUACUUUAAAGUAGAUGGGUUGCUCUCUGUGCUGGAAUCUCUGGACACUGUUCGUGUUGGCAUCAGUAAAUGCUUCAACUGCCAGUGACUUUGAUGGGGCUGUCGGGGGAUCCGUGUUCAUGUUCACUUCCCUGAGCGUCCCGGGACGUCACAAGAUAACAUGGGAGGCUGAUACCACUCUGAUUGCAACUAUUGAAGAUGGUCAAAAUCCGGUUUACUACCCAACUUACAAUUCCAGAUGUGAAUUGUUUUCAAAUGCGACACUGAGGCUGGAUGGGCUAUUACCCAGUGAUUCCAAAAAUUAUAAACAAAGCAUUGAAAACAAAAAUACCGGUGUUACUUCCUCCGUCACAGUCACUCUUGAAGUGCACAAUCUGCUGACUCCUCCAGACCUCACUGCUGAUCCUGCUACGCGCCCAGUGCAGGGCGACAAUAUAACAUUAUAUUGCAAUGCUGGGAGCCAGAUAGUGAAUACUUACACUUUCCUCAGAGAUGAUGAAAGCAUUUCCUGCUCUGAGCCUCACAUAUCCUGCAACACCAGCAGCCCAUUUCUGAAUUUUCAUCCAAUCACAGAAAAUGACAAUGGAAGCUACACUUGCGUUAUCUAUAAUCCGGUCAGCAGCAACAUUAGCAACCUGGUCAUACAGGACGUUGCAGUUAGAGUCUCCAACGUAGCCUUGCACAAUAACGCCUCAAGGCCAGUGACAGUGGAAAAGGAUUCCGUGGCCCUACAGUGUUCAUCCCGUGGGACAGACGUCAGCUACACCUGGACCCUCCGUGAAUCAGCCCUGCCUGCCAAUCCCCGAUAUCACCUGAUCAAUAAUGACGCCACUCUAAUCAUCAGUCCUGUCUCUAGAGAGGAUCAGGGAUACUUCACGUGCACUGUCUCAAAUUAUCUAAACAACGAGACAAGCCCUAAUUUGACACUGAGUUGGGCUCCUGAUGGCCAGAUUGCUUGCGGGGCAAUGCGUUUGGGUGACCACAUAGAGCUCUCUUGUUCCUGGCCAGGGGGGUACCCUGCUGCCAACCUGCAUUUGAAGUUUGCUGACAUGGAGGCUUUGGGAGAAGACAAAGUGACUGGGAAUGUUCCUCUGACCCAUCCUGCAAGCAUAUUAACUUGUGAAGGAAGCCAGGGAUGGACACAAUCCUGUUCACUGAUCAUAGACACCCCAAAGUCUUCAGGGCUUGCCAAUGACACAUUAGUUGAAGGAGACUGGGGAAAGAAAGCCAUUUUGUCAGUCCCUCUAACCUAUGAAAAUAGGAAAGAGAAUAUCAUUGGCCCACAGCAACUGCUUCCUGCAACAUUCACCUGGUACAGACUCACACCCAAGCCGGAACCUCUUCCCCUUGGAGAAAACUUCACAGUGAUUUCUAAUGAUUAUAUUUCUUAUUUGGUGGUCUCUUCAGUGACCAGUGAUGCAACUGGACAAUAUAUGUGCACAGCAGAAAAUCUGAUUGGAAGUACAAACUUCUACUUUACCCUACGCAUACCUGAAGUGAACGGGCCUUCUGGUGUUAACCUGAGUCCUGGUGCUCUUGCUGGAAUUGUUAUUGGUGCCAUAGCUGCUGGUAGCCUCAUAACUGGCGUCAUCGCCCUACUCCUGAAUAAACAAGGAAGUGGGAGAAAACCUCAAAAAUCACCUGACAUGCCAAAGGUCUCGAGAGAACCUAAUCAAAACCCAUAUCAGAACAAUCCUGUAAAUACAACUAGAGCAACGCAUAUGGACAAUCCUGCAUUUGACCAAUCCAGGAACUCUUCAGGGAUAUAUACGAACCUAGAACCUCAGGAUAAUGAUUUAUAUCAAAGUAUCGAGGGACCACAGUUAUUUAGGAACCGUCCAUCAAUGGUAUCUGAAUCGCUAUAUAAGAAUGAGCAGUGACCACCAGAUGGCAGGCAACCUCUGAGCUGUUCACAAGACGGACCAUCUUCUUAAUAGCAGAACGUAUAACCACAUGAGCCUGCUAAAAUUACCUCCAUUUCUUAAAAAACACUUACAAGUGCAAUACAAAAGGGCAGAGUCCCUGCUGGACACUGUUAUAAUUAUAUAUAUAUAUAUAUCAGCUCACUUUGUCAAAAAAUCUUUUUGUGCUUUAGAAAAAGUUGAGAAAAAUAAGCAUUCUUUCUACCCACUGCAAUGCCCAGCCAUUUUUAAUCAAUUGCCACUGCGUAACCUGGAGUUAGAGCUCUCUGAAAUCUGUCGUUUUUGUAAAGCAACAGAACCUGGGGGAGUUAUGCUUAGAACACCAAUAUAUAUUCAGAUCUACACUGUUCUACAAGUCUUUAUCUUUCCCCAAAUCUCACUAAGUUCUUGCAGCAGGUGAAAGGACAGAGCCAAGGACUGAACCCAGAAGUGAGGGAUUCAGCAGAGCAAUAACUAUGUCUGCAAAGGGUCACUGCAAUUUGUGCAGCAAAAAAACUAUUAGCUAAGUGCUUUAAUUGCUCUAUUAGCCCUUUAUUGCUCUUGCAUUUGCAUGCAGGGCAAUAGUAAAUGAGCCCUAUAAUGUUUGCAUGCACUCCCUUUGUUACAGUCCCUAUAGAGAACUUGAUUUACACGUAAUUGCUUUUCCUGUGCAACGGUAUGUAGAAAAAAGCCACUGCACUGCAAUGCAGAUGUAAAAGUCCUAAUACAGAGAGGCAUCAGAAGGCACAGAAGAGAGGCUCUGAAUGUAUGCCUUGGUUCAGCCUUGAGGGCUGUGCCACCUGUUGUGGCAUAAGAAGAGUUCUUUGUUCAAUUUGGUAACACCCAUACUCAUACGUAAUUAUGUCAUAUGCUUCCAUGUCACAAAGUCUAUAAAAACCAAGUGCUGCCUUUGUUCUGUUGUUCUGACUAGCUUUUGCUCAGAACCCAUGUAUGUGUCUAAUAAACCUACCUUUUUACCUCAAA